AUGGACAAACACCCUCCCUCUCUCGAGUCUCUCCAGAGGGAGGUCAGUGAACUCAUAGCCAUAUAUCAUGGCCGAGGCCAGACGACCGAAGCAACAUGCCUGGAGUCAGCACUGGCGACAGCGCGGAAUCGGGUAGUCGCGAUAGGCACUGAUUCCGACCCAAUGACAAUAACGCUUGAAGAGUUAGCCAGGUGUGUGAAGGCAUGGCUGCAUGCCAAAUCCUGGAAUGUUGCCGAAGAUCUAGGUCUUCUGGUGCUAAACUCCUGCGAGACCCUGAAGGGGGAGCGAGACCCGAUGACCAUGACAGCGAUGCACAAUCUCUCUUCGGCAUAUUGGGGCCGAAGGCAGCUAGAUCAGGCUGCUAAUCUUGCUCUCCGGGUGGUGAGAUUGAGGCAGAGUAUUCUGGGCGAGGAGGAUCCUCAGACAUUGGCUUCGAUGGCGAAUCUAGCUUCCACGUAUCGGAUUCAAGGGCAUUGGGCCAAGGCUCAGAAACUUGACGCGAGGAUUCUCGAGAUGAAGAAGAAGACUCUCGGUCCCAGGGAUCCAUCCACUUUGAGCUCUAUGUCCCAUUUGGCUAUAUCGUAUUCCAAUCUCGGUCGAUAUGAAGAGGCCGAGACAAUUGCGCGCCAACUGGUCAGUCUCGGAGAAAAAGAACUCCCUCCAACCGAUGGCGCCCUGUUGAACUGGAAACUCACUCUGGCGUCGACCUACCGAGACCAGGGAAGGCUAGACUCUGCUGAAACGCUAGAACAGGAGGUUGUCGCUAUUAGUCGGAGCAUAUUCGGCACAAAUGAUUCCUUCACUUUGACCUCCAUGGCAAACCUUGCAUCCACUUACCGCCAACAAAGCCGGUGGUCAGAUGCCGAACGUCUCGAAAAAGAAGUCGUCGCUAUUAGCGAGACCGUUCUCGGCGAAAUACACCCCCAAACGCUGAUGUCCAUCAGCAAUCUUGCCUCGACAUAUCGAAAUCAGGGUCGGCUCGAAGAAGCCAAAAGUCUCGGGAGGAAAGCAACAGCUGUGCUCAAAGAAAUUCUGGGGGAACGCCAUCCAUACACGCUAGUUGCCAUGGCAGAUCUUGCAGUGACAUAUCAAACGAUGAAACAGUCACCAGAUGCCGAGAUCCUGGCAGCCCGGUCUCUGCGUUUAAUGGAAGAGACGAUAGGCAAAGACCACCCGCAUACACUCAGUGCAAUGGCCAAUCUGGGGUUUAUUUACCAGUCGCAAAGCAGGUGGGAUGUCGCCGGUGAAAUGGCCGAAACGGUACAUUCUGGCAGGGAAAGGGCAUUUGGGACGGACCACCCAGAUACCGUGGCUGCGCUGGACGACCUGCGAAGAGUAGCGAGGGUAGAAGCUGCGGACCAUAAUGCACAGCGCACGUUGAAUUAG